UGAGAAGCUGCUAUUCGCAAAGCGGAUAGAAGAGAAGAAAGAUGAACGAAUAUAAAUGUGGAGAACUGAUCAUUGAAGGAAAGACAAAAGAGGUCUAUAAAAUUUUAAAUAACCCUACUCUAUGUCUUUUACAAAGUAAAGAUCGCAUUACUGCUGGAGAUGGUGAAAAAUCCCAUGAUUUAAAAGGCAAGGCUGCAAUUAGUACAGCUACAACAGCUAAAGUUUUCCAGUUACUAAAUGAAGUUGGAAUAAAAACUGCCUUUGUUAAAGUGGCUAAUGACACCUCCUUUAUUGCAAAAAAAUGUCAAAUGGUUCCAAUAGAAUGGGUUACUAGAAGAUUAGCCACUGGUAGUUUUUUAAGGAGACAUCAAGGGGUUCCUGAAGGAUUUAGGUUUAAUCCACCAUUACAAGAAACAUUCUUUAAAGAUGAUGCCAAUCAUGAUCCACAAUGGUCAGAAGAGCAAAUUAUUUCUGCUGGUUUUAAGUUGAAUAGUCUUGUAAUUGGAAAGGAUGAAUAUGACAUAAUGCAACGUAUUACACUUGUUGUAUUUGAAGUUUUGGAAAGAGCAUGGGCAAGUAGAGACUGUGCACUUGUGGACAUGAAAAUAGAAUUUGGUGUGGAUGAAAAUGGUGAAAUUAUGGUAGCAGAUAUAAUUGACAGUGAUUCUUGGAGACUUUGGCCAUCCGGUGAUAAAAGAUUGAUGAAAGAUAAACAAGUAUAUAGAAAUUUGACUAAUGUAACUCAAGAGGAUUUAGAUAUUGUAAAACGGAAUUUUAAAUGGGUGGUAGAUCAGCUUGACUACCUCGUUAUUUCAUUUAACAGUUUAGUUGUUAUUUUGAUGGGAUCACCUUCUGAUGAAGAACAUUGCCAGAAAAUAGCGAAACAUGCAAAAUCUUUAGGUUUAAAAGUUCAACUUCGUGUAUGCAGUGCUCACAAAGGUACUCAAGAAACACUGCGUAUUCUUGCAGAAUAUGAAGGUAAUUAUGAAAAGGUGGUGCUAAUAGCUGUAGCAGGGAGAAGUAAUGGAUUAGGUCCAGUACUCUCUGGAAAUACAUCUCUGCCUGUUAUUAAUUGCCCGCCUUUUAAACCGGAGAACAUUUCACAAGAUUUGUGGUCGUCAAUUAACGUUCCUUCUGGAAUUGGAUGUACCACUGUCGCUUAUCCUGAAAGUGCAGCACUAGCAGCGGCUCAAAUUCAUGCAUUGCACGACCAUCUGGUUUGGGCACGCUUACGAGUAAAGCAAUUAAUGAAUUUCAUCGCUUUGAAACAAGCUGAUAGGAAAUUACGGGGGAUUGGGUCACGGAAGUUCGGAUAACAUGACAGUACCAACAUUGGUGACCGGGCUGAACGGGCACAUGGUUGUGUACGCAGCGUGUGGCAGCGAGGACUCUCACACGUUGU